CGACCUCUGAAUCCCUUCAAAUCCCCCCUCCCAAUCUCCUCUCUUUCCCCCUAAAGCCAAAAAACCCCCAAAUCUCUCCUUGUCUCUCUUUUCGUUUCCAUUUUUUUCUCUCUUCUAUUUCAUCCCUUUUGCAGGGCAAAGGAAAAAAAAAAAAAGCAACAAAAAAUGGCUCAAAGAACCGAAAAAGAAGAAACCGAGUUCAAGGUACCGGAAACCUUAACGCUUUGCGUCAAUGAUUGUGGUGUUAUAGGAAAUCCGGCCACCAAUAACAUGUGUCAAAAUUGUUUCAACGCUACAACGCCUAAAUCAACCGCUGCCGUCGUCUCCUCUUCAACCGGUGGUGCUAGUUCAGGUGGUGUUUCGAUCCUGAACCAAAGAUCUACCACGUCGCGUUCUAUAAACAAGCGAUCCGAUCUUUCUCCGCCUAAAACGACGACGUUUGUUAGGAGUUCUGGUUCGAGGUACGAUCCGGAGCCUGGUACGGAAAAGAAGGUGGUGAACCGGUGUUCUGGAUGUAGAAAACGUGUCGGUUUGACCGGGUUUAGGUGUCGAUGCGGUGAACUGUUUUGUGCCGAUCAUCGGUACUCGGAUCGACACGAUUGUAGUUAUGAUUACAAGACGGUCGGUCGUGAGGCCAUCGCUAGGGAAAAUCCGGUGGUUAAAGCGGCCAAGAUAAUUAAAGUCUGAUAUAUAUAUUUUUUAUGAAAUCCUAUUAAAAUCAUAUUAUUCGGAAACAUUUUUCGACCCGGAAUUCGGAACAGCUAUGGAAAUUCAACCUCGAUCUCAUCAUCAAUCCAUGGAGGAAGAUGACGACAUAUCUCACAAGAUCGUUUCAAAUUGAAGAAGAUUAUAGUAUUUUUAAUUUUACUUAAUUUUCUUUUUUUGGAAAAAAAAAGAAAAAGGAAAAUUAUUGUGGCUUUAGUUUUACAUUUCGUAUUAGGAUUCUGACAAUUUUUAUUUUUUAGAUUUCCAUUUCAGCAGAUGUACCUUUUUAGAUUUGUUUCGUUCUAAAGUUUCUAAAUUUGAUGAAAUUUGAUUAUUUGCAAAAUUUAAA